AUGGGAGUCGAAAACUUGAAGAAGACUCUAGAAAUUAGAGGUGGUGUGCAAUGUUUCGGCACCGGACCAGAUCCUUUUGUCGGUGGACAAACAUUCUCUUACACUUUUGACGCUUCUACGGUUCCUAAGGCCGUAGUCUGCAGUUACGACGGUCAUCUGAGCUAUCCGAAGAUACAGAAAGCUGCCACUUUUCUGAAGCGCCCGGGAGUGGAGUUUUUGGUCACAAAUGAGGACUACACAUUCCCUGGUCCUUAUCCGGACAUCGUUGUUCCUGGAGCGGGCACGACAUCGGCCGCUGUUCGAGCAGUCUCCGGGCGAGUUCCCAUUGUCAUAGGGAAACCACACAAACCUAUAGCAGAUUUUCUGAAGAAACAUCAUCAUAUUGAUGCUUCGAAGACAGUCAUGUUCGGCGACCGACUGGACACUGACAUCCAGUUCGCGAACGACAAUGGCUUCACAAGUUGUUUUAUGCUUACCGGCGUGAAUACAAUGGAUGACGUGAUUAAGGCGGAGCAACGCGGACAGACUCAUCUUUUGCCCACAUACACUUUCUCAUUUUCUUCUCACUAG